GUGUGUGUGUGUGUCUCUGUCUAUUGGUGUUGUUAGAAUGAGAAAACCUUGCUGUGAUAAGCAAGACAAGAACAAAGGAGCAUGGUCUAAACAAGAAGAUCAGAAGCUUAUUGAUUACAUCCGAGCCCAUGGGGAAGGUUGCUGGAGAUCUAUCCCCCAGGCUGCAGGAUUGCUUCGUUGUGGUAAAAGCUGUAGGCUGAGAUGGAUAAACUAUCUGAGGCCAGACCUCAAGAGAGGCAACUUCGCCGAGGAUGAAGAAGAUCUCAUAAUCAAGCUCCAUGCCCUCCUUGGCAACCGAUGGUCGUUGAUCGCUGGGAGGUUGCCGGGCCGCACAGACAAUGAGGUUAAAAACUACUGGAAUUCCCAUUUGAGGAGAAAGCUUAUAAACAUGGGAAUUGAUCCCAAUAAUCACCGAUUGGGCCGCCGCACCCCUUCACACCAACAGCAUAAAGGUGUCUCUAACAAUUCGACAUCGUCCGGUUCGAAGAGCCAAGUAUGCCAACCACAACAAUGGCUGAGAUCUCACAGGGACAAUGAUCAAGUGUCUGACAUGGCCAGUUGCCUCGACGAUCAUACCAGCACAUUGCCUGAUUUGAACCUUGAUCUCACCACAGAACGGGUGGGGUGGGACCCAUCUACAAAGAGAUGAAUGGACGGAUAAGAAGUAGGUGAGACUGACUGUUAUAUCCGAACUCAUGACGUCUCAAGCAACUCGUCUGAGGGUUUGAACCCAGUUCAGCGGGACUCUUUUGCAUUUGCGAGUUCAAGCCUUGAAAAAUAGAAAGUGGAUAAGAUAAAACCCAAGUGAAGGAAUUGGGAAGGUGCAUGCCAAAUUAAUUCAACUCAUUUUCACUAUUGGGUUUGAUUUUAUAUUGUAUGUGGUGUCCUUUUGUCGCUUAAAAUGGUAUGCCCACAAGUAAUUUGAGAGAGUUGGACCAUUGAAUUUUGGUGUACUAGUUUUAAUAAGAGAUUAUUUGAAUUUUUAUAGUUUUGAUAUGUAAGAAUGUAUUAGGUUUAUAGGAUAAUUUUCUUUUUAAUUAAUGUGUAUAUAUGUCGAUAUCCUUUUAAAUUUCUAAAUAUCUCCUAGUCUUCUAUA